CGAAAAUCAAAGUCCACUAACAUCCCACUCCCCCUUCCAAGCUUCUUGUCUCCUCGCCCUCGGCCUCAGCCUUCUCCUCCCCCCCAACUCAACUCCCACGCCAUCUCGCCACACCGAAUCAGAGCAAGCACGCCGUCCAUUAAUGGAGUACGAGCGCAUCCACGAACCCCCGCUCCAACGUCAGUCGGGUGGAUUCUCCCCAGCUAAGCUACGAGCAAUGCUUCUCGGACUAGAGAAAAAUCAGCACAGCGUGGAGGACACAUCACCUGAGGCCAACGACUCCGGCGAGCUCGACGACCGGAGGAGCAUGGAAUGCUCUACCUCCACUGAAUUGUCGAGCAACAGUGGCCACAGAUCAAGAAACCGAGCUCAGGACGACGACAGCUUUGACUCCGAGAGUAGCUCGUCGGCCCCAACGACGGUGAAGAGGUCGGCGGCGGUGGCCGCCUUGCUGCCGCCGUUCUCUAGGCCGACGCCGUCGAAGUGGGACGAUGCAGAGAAGUGGAUUUCUAGCCCCACGGCAAACCGCACUGGCCGUGUGGGGGGUGCAGCAGCUGGGGCUGCGCCAAAGAAGUCGGCGCUGGCAUUUCCUGAGCAUGUAAGCCGGCCUCCGGCCGUUGCCAAGGUGGUUGCUGAGGUCCCCAUCAACACUGGAGCCUUGGUAAAGAACUCAGUAGUCUCAGUUGCUCUUGCACACUCUAAUUCAUUUACUCCUGCACAAAGUGCUUCGAUAAUCGAUGAACCUGCCCCUGCAGUUCGGUCUGUAUCGAUGAGAGACACGGGCACAGAAAUGACUCCAAUUGCCAGCCAGGAGCCCUCUCGGACUGGGACUCCUAUUAUAGCUUCUAGCCCAAUCUCCUCUCGGACACCAACUCCACAGCGUAAUGCAGAAGUCAGUAUCGGUGACUUUGGUUCAAGCAAGAUGGAAAUGUCUGAGGAGGAGCUACAAAUGAAUACCAGAAAGGAAAUCAUGGAUCUUGGCCAACGGCUAGGAAAGACAACUAUAGCUGCAUGGGCAAGCAAGGAAGAGAAAUCUGCUACAACUUUCGCAAAGAUCAGAACUGAUAAGUCUGUCGAAAUUGACAGACAGACUCGUGCUGCGGAUUGGGAGGAGGCAGAGAAAGCAAAAUAUCUUGCAAGGUUUCAGAGGGAAGAGGUAAAGAUCCAAGCUUGGGAAAAUCACCAGAAAGCAAAAAUUGAAGCUGAAAUGAAGAGGAUAGAGGCAAAGAUAGAGAUAAAGCGAGCUCGCGAGCAGGACAGGCUCUCGAGCAAGCUGGCCGCUGCAAGGCACAGAGCGGAGGCGAAGAGGGAGGCCGCGGAGGCGAGGAAGAACCAGGAGGCGGCAAGAACGGAAGAGCAGGCUGCGCAGAUCCGGAAAACUGGGCACUUACCUUCCUCGAUCUCCUGCUGGUGCUGGUGCCUGUGAUUCUCCAUCCUCUGCCAUGAUCAUCUGUGAUCUGGGGCUGGAAGAAAAGAGAAAUACUGCUCCUUGCACGACCAUGUAAAAUAUAUGCUACUGGUUCAUCUUUCAGUAAGAAAUGCCAAUGUGUCGCCAUUUUUGUC